GAAAAAUGUCACCUGGCAGGCUGGACUUCUUUUCAAAUCCAUUGUAAAAAUGUUUGCAAGUGUCAGUGGCUGGAUCUUCGUGGUGUGAAUGGUUGCAGUGUUGUGUACUCUAUAUGAGGUGCAUGCUUCUUCCUGGUGCUAUUGGCUUUAACCCCAGCUGUACUCCAUUUGAAUGGAUGAUUCUCACCACCAUCAUUGCAAACUGCAUCGUCCUGGCUCUGGAACAGCACCUUCCCGAUGGAGACAAGACGCCUCUCUCCGAACGACUGGAGGAGACAGAGCCCUACUUCAUAGCCAUCUUCUGUUUCGAGUCUGGAAUAAAGAUCCUGGCUCUCGGUUUUGCAUUACAUAAGGGCUCCUACCUGAGGAACGGCUGGAACGUCAUGGACUUUGUAGUUGUCCUCACCGGUAUUUUGUCAUCAGUGGGGUCUACGUUUGACCUGAGAACACUGCGAGCCGUCAGGGUGCUGCGACCCUUAAAACUGGUGUCUGGAAUUCCAAGCCUGCAGGUGGUGCUCAAGUCCAUUAUGAAGGCAAUGAUUCCCCUGCUGCAGAUUGGUCUCCUCUUAUUUGUGGCCAUCCUCAUGUUUGCCAUCAUCGGCCUGGAGUUUUACAUGGGACAGUUCCACAAGACUUGCUAUGAUGAUGUUACAAAUGAGACUGCAGAUGACAGGCCAUGUGGUACUGCAUCGCCAUCCCGGCUGUGCCCUAAUGGCACGCACUGUGGGGAAGAGUGGAUUGGACCCAACUACGGGAUCACCCAGUUCGACAACAUUCUGUUCGCAGUGCUCACCGUCUUCCAGUGCAUCACCAUGGAGGGAUGGACAAACAUGCUGUACCACAGUAACGAUGUAAGUGGCAGUUACUUUAACUGGAUGUACUACGUCCCCCUCAUCAUCAUCGGCUCCUUCUUCAUGCUCAACCUGGUGCUGGGUGUACUCUCAGGUGAAUUUGCCAAAGAGAGGGAGCGAGUGGAGAACAGGAGCGAGUUCCUCAAGCUGAGGAGACAGCAGCAGAUUGAGAGGGAGCUCAACGGAUACCUUGAGUGGAUCUGUAAAGCAGAGGAGGUGAUUCUGGCUGAGGAAGAUGCUACAGGGAACUUUGAUGGUUCGAGGCGUAGGCCAACCAUCAAAACCAAAAACAACAAGACAGAGCUGCUGAACCCUGAGGAAGGAGAGGACAACAUUGGAGAUGCAGUAGGUUUUGCACGCUCCAGCAUAAAGAGCGGUAAGGAGGGCUCCAAUUACAGCAAGAAAGAGCGACGGCUGCGAUUCUUCAUCCGUAAGAUAGUGAAGACGCAGGCUUUCUACUGGAUAGUACUCUUUCUCGUGGGCCUCAACACCAUCUGUGUGGCCGUGGUGCACUACGACCAGCCUGAGAUGCUCACUGACUUUCUCUUCUAUGCAGAGUUUGUCUUCCUCGGUUUGUUCAUGUCUGAGAUGCUGAUCAAGAUGUACGGUCUGGGCAUCCAGCCCUACUUCCACUCCUCAUUCAACUGCUUCGACUGUGUGGUAAUAGUCGGCAGUAUCUUCGAGGUUGUGUGGGCCACCAUAAAACCAGGCACAUCCUUCGGGAUCAGCGUGUUACGAGCUCUGCGAUUGCUCCGCAUCUUUAAAGUCACAAAGUACUGGGCACCCCUUCGAAACCUGGUGGUUUCUCUGCUGAACUCCAUGAAGUCCAUCGUCAGCUUGCUGUUCCUCCUCUUCCUCUUCAUCGUGGUCUUUGCCUUGUUGGGGAUGCAGCUGUUUGGAGGACAAUUUAACUUUGACGAUGGAACGCCUCCUACUAACUUUGACACUUUUGCUGCAGCAAUCAUGACAGUGUUUCAGAUCCUGACAGGAGAGGACUGGAAUGAGGUGAUGUACUAUGGCAUUGAGUCCCAGGGUGGAGUGAAAGACAAGGGCAUGAUCUUCUCCAUCUUCUUUAUUGUCCUGACACUCUUUGGCAACUACACUCUGCUUAACGUCUUCUUGGCCAUCGCUGUUGACAAUCUGGCCAAUGCCCAGGAGCUUACAAAGGAUGAAGAAGAACAGGAAGAGGCAGCCAAUCAGAAGACAGCACUACAGAAGGCAAAGGAGGUGGCAGAGGUCAGCCCUCUGUCAGCUGCCAACCUGUCUAUUGCUGCUAAGGAGCAGCAAAAGAACCACAACAAGGGCAAUAAGUCAGUGUGGGAGCAGAGAACAAGUGAGAUUCGCCGACAGAACCUAAUGACGAGCCGUGAGGCACUGUACAAUGAGCUGGAGCAGGAUGACUGGAAGGUGGGAGUGGAGGGAGAGGAGGCGUCUUACCCACGGAAAGGACGUGGUGACAUGAAAACCCACUUGGACAGGCCGUUGGUGGUGAACCCACAGGACAACCGGAAUAAUAACACCAACAAGACCCAACCUGGAGAACUGCCACUUGACCAGGAGUACCGGCGCCAGGACAUAGAUCACUGCCGCCGUGCCGCCCACUGCUAUCACUACAACCGCGAUCACCAUCAGAAACCCUUUGGGCCAGACAGCAGAGAGACAAGCCAGCUAGCAGAGACCCGUAUGGAACACGGCUUCAGCUGCACAUCUCUGGGUAACGUGGAGGCGAGCGUAGAGAGCCGUCCAGGGGAGGAGAGGCACACCCACCGGAGCCAUCGGGGCCAUCGGCACCGGAACAGGGAAGGCCGUGAAGCUCGCAGCGUUUCCCCCCACCACAGUGAGGCAGGAGAAGGAAAUAAUGAGCACAGAAGGGCCAGGCAGCACCGCAGGGCAGCAAGAGAAGGAGAGGAAGGCAGGCGACACCGAUCCAGGGGGACAGAAGGAGAGGGGGGAAAAGUUGUGGAAGGAGAAGGGCGAAGAGCAAGACGACAUCGACAUGGCAACCAUGAUAAGAGCAAAGGGCAUUGCAGAAGGGAACACCACAGUACUGGGCCAAGCCUCUCUACCACCCGACCUAUACAGCAGUAUAAUGAGGACCUGGACAACUUCCGCAACAACAGCAAGCUGGCCAAUGCCCACGAGCACCCUUACGCCCUACCACCAGAUCACCCUGACCAUCCUGACCACGUCAAUAACCUGCUCAACUGCCGCGAUGCUGAUACCCACACGCUGCUUCACAGCAUGGACAGCUUGAUUCUCACUAGCAUGGUUAAACCUGACUACACAGCCAUAGAAAUGCCCCCCGUCUACCCUUACCCCUCGACCAACGCCAUCUUACAAGUGAACAAGAAUGCCAACACCGACCAGAAGAAGAGUGAGGAGAAGAAAGAAGAGGAGAGCGAGGGCGGAGAUGAAGAUGGCCCUAAACCCAUGCCUCCUUAUAGCUCUUGCUUCAUAUUGUCCACCACCAACCCGUUUCGGAAGUGCUGUCACUACAUCCUGACUCUGAAGUAUUUUGAGUUCACCAUCCUUACUGUCAUCGCUAUGAGCAGCAUCGCUCUUGCUGCAGAGGACCCUGUCAACCCUAAGUCACCGCAAAACGAUGUGCUGCGUAAUUUUGACUACGUUUUCACAGCCGUCUUCACAUUUGAAAUGUUGAUCAAGAUGGUGGUGCUGGGCUUGUUUCUCCACGAGGGAUCCUACUUCCGUGACUUGUGGAACAUUCUGGACUUUAUAGUGGUUAGUGGUGCUCUGGUGGCCUUCGCCUUCACGGGGAAUAACAAAAGUAAAGACAUCAGUACAAUCAAAUCCCUCCGUGUGCUGAGGGUGCUGCGACCUCUUAAGACCAUCAAACGUCUGCCCAAGUUAAAGGCUGUCUUCGACUGCGUGGUCAACUCUCUGAAGAAUGUGUUGAACAUCCUGAUUGUUUACAUGCUCUUUAUGUUCAUCUUUGCUGUGGUGGCCGUUCAGCUCUUCAAAGGUCGCUUCUUCCAUUGCACAGAUGAAUCCAAGGAGUUUGAGCGCGACUGCAGGGGCGAGUACUUGGUAUAUGAGAAAGAUGAAGUUAAAGCUGAAAAGCGGGAGUGGAAGAAGUACGAUUUCCACUACGACAACGUGGCUUGGGCCUUGCUCACCCUCUUCACCGUCUCAACUGGAGAGGGUUGGCCACAGGUGUUGAAGCACUCAGUGGACUCCACCUAUGAGAAUCAGGGCCCGAGCCCAGGUUACAGGAUGGAAAUGUCCAUCUUUUACGUGGUGUACUUCGUUGUCUUCCCCUUCUUCUUUGUAAACAUCUUUGUGGCUCUCAUCAUCAUCACCUUCCAGGAACAGGGCGAUAAGAUGAUGGAGGACUACAGCUUAGAAAAAAAUGAGCGAGCCUGUAUAGAUUUUGCCAUCAAUGCCAGGCCUCUGACUCGCCACAUGCCAAAGAACAAACUGAGCUUCCAGUAUCGUAUGUGGCAGUUUGUGGUAUCUCCGCCCUUCGAGUACAGCAUCAUGGCUCUAAUCGCGCUCAACACCAUCGUCCUCAUGAUGAAGUUCGAAGGUGCAUCAAUGGUCUACAAUAAUGUCCUGAAGAACCUCAACAUUGUGUUUACCACCUUUUUUUUCUUGGAAUCAGUGCUCAAGAUCAUAGCAUUCGGCCCUCUGAAUUACUUCAGAGAUGCCUGGAACAUUUUUGAUUUUGUGUCUGUCCUUGGAAGCAUCACUGACAUAUUAGUGACAGAAUUUGGGAAUAAUGCCUUCAGUUUGAGCUUCCUGAGGCUCUUCAGAGCAGCUCGCCUUAUAAAGCUGCUGAGACAGGGAGAGACCAUUCGCAUCUUGCUCUGGACCUUCGUCCAGUCCUUCAAGGCUUUGCCAUACGUGUGCCUGCUUAUUGCCAUGCUGUUCUUCAUCUAUGCCAUCAUUGGCAUGCAGUUGUUUGGGAACUUAAAACUAACAGAGGAUGAUGGAAUCAAUGAGCACAAUAACUUCAGAACCUUCUUCAUGGCCCUAAUGCUGCUGUUCAGGAGUGCUACAGGUGAAGCGUGGCAAGAGAUCAUGUUGGCUUGCCUGGAUAAGAAGGAGUGUGAUCCUGAAUCAGGGAAUGAUAAAAAAGAAUGUGGCAGCACCUUCGCUUACACAUACUUUGUCUCCUUUAUCUUCUUGUGCUCUUUUCUGAUGCUGAAUCUGUUUGUGGCUGUCAUCAUGGACAAUUUUGAGUACCUGACUAGAGACUCUUCCAUCCUGGGGCCUCAUCACCUGGAUGAGUAUGUAAGGAUAUGGGCCGAGUACGACCCUGCCGCCUGCGGGCGCAUACAUUAUAAGGAUAUGUACAGUUUAUUGCGAGUUAUCUCCCCUCCUCUGGGCCUUGGCAAGAAGUGCCCACAUAGGGUGGCCUGCAAGAGGCUGCUGCGCAUGGAUCUACCGGUUGCUGAUGACAACACGGUGCAUUUUAACUCCACGCUCAUGGCUCUGAUAAGGACAGCACUGGACAUAAAGAUUGCUAAGGGUGGUGCAGAUAAGCACCAGAUGGAUGCGGAGCUUAGAAAGGAGAUGAUGGCUAUCUGGCCCAACCUAUCACAGAAGACACUGGACUUGCUGGUUACCCCUCACAAGGCAGCCACAGACUUGACGGUGGGCAAAAUCUACGCUGCCAUGAUGAUCAUGGAGUACUACCGGCAGAGCAAGACGAAAAAGCUGCAGGCCCUGCGAGAGGAACAGAACCGAACGCCAUUAAUGUUUCAGCGCAUGGAGCCGCCCUCUGAGGGAGGCGGCACGGACGGCCAGGGAGGCCAGGGCCAGAACGGCCUCUCCAGCACGCAGCCAGACAACAUCAAUAGCAUAGCUCCUGAGGGUGGCAUGACUGAAAGCCAGUCAUGGGUGACAGCCAAAGCCCAGGAAAUGUUCCAGAAGACGGGUAACUGGAGCCCGGACAGACCCUACCCCGACGACCUCCACGACAACCGUCACAACCCCCAGACCAUUACUGACACAAGUCCGAUGCGUCGCUCCACGUCCAGCCUAGUUCACGGGCGCACAGGCCGGGGCGUGAGGCUGGACGACUACUCGCUGGAGAGGGUGGUGUCUGAGGAGGGGAGACAUGGAGGACGCAGGCACAGGGACAGAAGCCACCGCACCUCACAGCGCUCCCUGACCAGAUACACCGACGCAGAUACGGGCCUGGGCACAGACCUCAGCACCACUACACAGUCAGGUGAUCUGCCACCUAAGGAGCGCGAGCGGGACCGUGGCCGGACCAAGGACCGUCGUCACCACCAUCACCAUCACCAUCAUCACGGAUCUAUGGACAAGGAGCGGUACGGCCACGACCGCCACGACUACUCCCACAGGCAUCCCCACGACCGUCACUGGUCCCGGUCGCCCAGCGAGGGGCCUGACGGGCGAGGUCACAGACAGGGCAGUAGUUCGGUGAGCGGCAGCCCGGUUCCCUCUACCUCGGGGACCAGCACUCCAAGGAGAGGCCGCCGCCAGUUGCCUCAGACCCCUGCAGUCCCACGCCCACAUGUCACCUACUCCCCCGCAGUCCGCAAGCCCAGCUAUGGCCCCCCAGGGCCAGGCCACCUGCGUUCACCCUCUCCACGACACUUCUCCCCUCCAGACCAUGACAGAGGCUACCACCACCGACCCCCGUCACGCCACGCCUCUCCCCACCACGGGGGCUCUUCAUCCCGGCAUGGUUCGCCACGCUCCCCUAGGCACCAGUCCCCACGCUCGCCCCUCCACGGCUCACCCAGGUCGCCUCACCGAAGCCGCUGGAGCGGGCCUCCACCCGGGGACAGCCUGGAGGGUGACGGGCCCUUCUACGAGAGAGAUUAUGAGUAUGAGCGUCACCACGAGCCUCCCGCCUACGAGCAGAGCCUCUCCCACGGCAACCCUCAUCCACAUGGAGGAAAUCCUCACCCACACCCACGUUCACCUAGGACUGCCCGCCACGGGCCUCCUCCACCCCCUCACCCGCAUCCACGUAGGGUACCAAAUGGUUACCGCUCAUCCUCACCUUCCCCACACCGACGGGGACCACCAGGGGUGCCGCCCCACCCACACCACCGGCCUGCCCAUGCCAGAGGGCCCCGCAAGGGCCUGCAUGAACCUUACAGUGAGACGGAUGAGGAUGACUGGUGCUAGCAACCAUAAAGAGCUUGGGAUAUGGCAGGAGAGGAGAAGAAGAACAGCAGUCUCCAGUGCUCUGGCCUUGGAUAUGUAGACUAAAAGAAAAAACAAAAAAAACAAAAAACAAAACAGAGUGGUGGGAGGGGUUGGAUACCCUCAAAACCCUCUACCUUCAGCUCUCAGACUAUGAACGAGUGGAAGGGGUGGAAGGGGGGGGGCAGCAGAAAAGCCUUUUACACAUUUUGUGUAAGACUCAAAUGAGUGACAGAGCAGCAUAUGGGUAAAAAAGAAAAAGAGACCGCCAAGGCCUGGACACAGUUUACCUCUGCCUCUUUCAAUCUCAGAACUACACUUCCCAGAAUCAGCCUUGAUCAUCAAGACCUGGCUGCAGGAGGAAAAGAGAGGUGUGGGAGUGCACGCAAGGGAGGAGCACGAGGUUAUUAAAGUGCAAUGUUACAAGGCCUAAAAGCACUUCUCUCAGACUGAUGCCUGAUUGCUUAGAUUUGCUAGACGUGUGCUAUUUGUCACUGGCCAGACUGCUACUGUAAAAGCCUGAAAAUGAGCUGGAACACAGAGUCCGCUGCAUAGACUCUGCUCCUAGACAGAUACAUCAAUUAAUAAAAAGCCAGGACCCCCCAACCCUUACAUGCCAAGCUAUGCCUCCAGAAAAUCAAACUUGAACAAUGAAGAACACAGUGAAACUUUACAUGACAAACACUGAAAAGAAAAAAAAGGGAGAACAACCACUUUAUCUAGAACCUUUUUCCUAUCCAACUGACAGAACCAGGAAGCUCCGCCUAUACUGCAAAAACCAGCCAAUCACAGCGCUGGCUGAUAUUUGAUGAGUUUUAUCAUCUCUGUUUACUGUUAAGGACUCGCAUAGUGCUGAUGGAACUGAUGUGACAUCACUUCCUGUCCAGCAGAUGGUGGUGAUAGGAGUAGUAGUAGUAGUAAUAUUGGUGUCAGGGGGGAGAGCCACAGUGUGGGCUCACUUCCUGUUCACUUGCACUUGUGGGCUGGGCUCAGGUAACUAGAGAAAGGGAGUCGGACACUUUGUCAAGCCCCUUCCCUCUCUGUUACUCAACAGAGGAUGACCCGACAGGAAAUGACAUCACACAGUUGAAUAGGGCGGAGGAGAGGAAAGGAGGGAUGGGAAAAAAAGACUAAUUUCUUCAGUAUUUCUUCUGUCGUUUACUUCUUGUUCUUCUUAGGACAUUGGAGCUUGGUUCUUCUGUUGCAUUCGCUCAGCCUCCUUUGAUCUUUUUCAGAGCUCAAAAUCUGAUGGAAACCUGCAUGACUGAUUAAAUACAUACUAGAGAGGAAAUCUAACUGGUGUGGGUGGGACCUGGGGGGCUUUGUAGGAAACUUUGCAUUUAGGUUUACAAAAGAAGCUCCCUUCUUUCCAGCUCUUUCUUUCUCUCUCAGAUCUCAGCAGAAAUGUUUUUUUGUGGUUUCUCUGUACCUGAAGCAGGUUUUGACAGUUGGGUAUUUUAUUUGUCUCGGUUUCUGCCCAAAGCUCUGUUAGCGCAACCUGUUAGAAGACAAGGAGCACCUUAAAGUUUCCGUCUGCACUUGAGAAACAAGAGGGAGAAAGGGCAUGGAGAAGCGAACCUCUAACACACUUUAUUUAUUAUUGUUAAUGAUGACACUUUUAUGAAUAAUGAUAUCAAUGUCAAUGCAAAACGAUGGUGACAAUGAUGAUGAUAAUGGUGAUGAUUGGUUGAAUUGUUGCUGUAGAUUUGUUGUCAUGUUAUUUGGAGUUAUGCUGUGUAUGCUAUGUUCAUCCUGUUUACAUCCAUUAUGUUAUUAUUCCCCCGUUCAAUGAUGUUUAUCGGGUUUCUGAUGCCUUGCUGCAAUGUUUCAAGGCAACUGCAGCUUGGGAACACUUCCUGAGCAGCAUUGCGUGCUAUAAUGCAACUCUUUUAAAGACACACUUUUUUCUCUCUGGAAUGGUGGAUUUGGAGGUCAGACGGACUCUCAGUUAUCUGACCUGCAGUGGUUCACAAGGGGUCAGAACUCUGUCAAGCCAACCCAAAGAUCAGUAAUUUAGGUUCAGAGUUAGAGGCAGGACAAUUUAUUGAGAGCCGUGAAAACGUUGUCUUCUCUUCACGCUCAAGAGGUGCUCAGAAAGGUCAUUUUACCGAGUUUAAAGUUCUACUGAGAUUGAAUUCUCCCACUUGCUGCCAAAAAAAAAAAGCUUUUCAAUCUGUUGGGCUCUGUAGUUUUGUAGUGAGAUCAGCACAGUAUUAGUGGUACAGUGUUGGUGUCGGUCAGUAUUUUUGCCACCAAGGGGCAGUGAUAAACAUGUUAUGUUAUUGGCCCUACCUUCCCCGUCUACAGGACAGUCUCUGAGCCACAUCCUAGUUUCAAGAUCAGGAGUGAAAGCUGAUCUUUACCUUAUAUCUUUGCAAGAUAUAUAUGUUAAGUCCUAGCGUUUUGCAGGAAACAUGGAUGCAGCCCGAGAGACAAUAUCUGUCCAUUUGUCAGUCCGCCCUUCCGCUUGCUUGUCUGCGCCAAUGCUGACCCUCCACCCAACCCUACAACCCCUUCUCUCAGGUCUGGCUAACCAGAGUCAACUAGUCACCCCAGUUCAGUCACAUAAGGUUGUAGCAAAGGUGAAACCAUUCCCUGCCAAAGCCAAACUCAGUAUCCACCGACCUUCUUUUCCCUGAUUUAUCCUUCUUUUGCUGUCCAUUUGCUUUGACGUCUGUUCUUUCAGCUUGGUAGAGAGUGAUGCUGAAGGUUCAGGACAGAAACACUUAGGACUAAUAAUAUUUCAUCCUUAUUGUUAUGAGGGAUAACACUUAUUGAAUAUUCAAUAACUCUAGGACAAAAUGAUAAAGUAUAGAUAAAUAUAGUUGAUUACCUACAGAUAAACCUAGAUAUGAUAUCGUAGAUGUAGUUAUAGACAACAGAGUAUAAUUAGAGUUUCAGAUAAAUAUUUAUUUUGCAUACCGAUCAUGCUCACGAAGAAGUCAAGGAAUCGAGUUACUCUUAAAACCUCGCGCUGUUUGCAAAAGCCAGUAAACAAACCCCAGUCCACGUGUUGACUCUAUGCAGACCUCAUAGGCAUCCUCAUCAUAUUACUUCAAAAAGGUGAACCUACGACGCAGUGGUACUGUAAAACAGGCCGAGGAAACGGGAACAUGCAGAUCUGAGAAAAUGUGAACACUGGCACCGAUGUUUUUUUCCCCAGACGUCACAUGACAUCACACCCCCACAGUUCAUGUACCUCUGUAGCUGUCUUUUUCCCUCCCUCCUCCUGAUGACGAAUCCCUUUUUUCCCUCCACAAAUUUCUAUUCUCUCCAAAAGAUGCGUUGCCUCCAGGCCUAGUAGUUGAGCGUUGCGUUGGAAAGAUGUGGAUUGGGGGGGUAGUUGUUUUUUGUUAACUGUUCAUUUGCUUGGUGGGCAUGAAGGGGCGCAUAACACGAAACCCCCUUUCUGUCCUCACCUACAAUCAAGAGGUUACGGCAGGUGGGGAAUGUUCCCCCAAAGCCCCCUACAGAGCCACAGUGCCUUCUGUAUCCGAGUCAAAUUUGUCAUGCCCCAUUUUGUCCAUCACUCACCCCCCUCAACCCUUAAUCCACUGUAGUACAUGAGAUCAUCCACACUACGCCUUAAAAGUUGAGUCCCACUGGCGCCCAUGCUAGCAUAGAAAUGGGAAGUGUGGUGACUUUAAAACUGGGCCACAGUGAGGAAACAGUCAAAAGGCUAGACUCGAAGCAGGAAAGCCACAUCACAUCCAGAAUGGGACGGACGAGUUUAAAACUCCCAUUCAGACAUACAGAUUUUUGUAAAAGUUGCCAAAAUCCUAAGAGAUCCACACAGUUGGAAUCAAAGCCUUGAGGUUUUGGCCUCUACAGACUAAAAUGACCAUCAUUUCAGGAUCCUGCUAACUGGCUAGCCCUCUUGGCUAUGGUGUGGCACCAUCUCGUGUCCAUCCCGGAGAUGUCCUGGGUCCAGUUUCAGGCGGUGUAGUGAGAGUUUUACAGAGGUGCACGGCAGUUUGCUUACUUCUCAGGUCCCUCUAGAGUUAGGUAGCUAGAUAGACAACAUAACACAGAGUCAGCUACACAAUAACACGCAGCCGUCAGAUUGAGUUAUUGUAUGGUUUUACCUGGUGUGGUGUCAGAGGUUGGAACGGUAACCCCACCUUUCUGCUUUCACUAGCACAUUAUACACCGACUCCUCUCCGUCAACAGCCUGCCGACGCACCGACACGCCACACUGUUGACAGCCAGGCAGGAAAAGCCACCUCCAUUUUGGCUCCAUGACACCACUCGCUUGUCCAGAAUUGUAACAGCAGAUCCAAAAUGGCCGACACACAACACUGCCCUUUUGUGAAAGCAUGUUGUGUGUGAGCAUUUCCAAAAACAAACACCAUUCUCUUUGAAGAUAAAAAAGAUCAGUGAGCAUUUGAUCUUUAUUAGUUUUUGUUGGUGUUUCUCUUUGUUUUGCACGGGAUUGGGGAGGGAGGGGAGGGUCUGCAAGGUUUUUUGCUCAGUCAUCACUUCUCUCCACAUCUCCUUCGCAUCUUCACCUCUGGCUUCUGUCACCUUUCUAAACAUGUGACUAAUCAUUUCUGGAUUUUCUUCUUCCUUCUGGGAUAAAGGAAAACCGAACAGAUGCACCAACCCAUCUGCUCAGUCGGCUGUGAAAUUGUGUCAGCGGGUCAGUCGUGAGGCAACGUUUCGAAAAAACACAGAAAUAAGGGCUCUCUUUAAAAAAAAAAGAAGAAGAAGAAACACUACACCGUGGGUUUUAAUGUACAGUAGUGCUGCCAAAAGUUGUGCUUAUGUAGCUGAAGCCACUCUGUGGUCUCCCCUUUGUACAGCACUAAAUGUGUGCAUGCGUGUGUGUGUGUGUGUGUA